AUGGCGUCACUGAAGCUGCCAACACACGCGACGACACCAAAAGUGCCUCGCUCACACUUGACUUUUCCAGUUACCGCGAGAGACUCAACCUAUGCUAGUCCCCACGGUUCACACCCGGUUUCUACCAUGCACCGGAUCCGGCUGCGGAUCCCUCGUGCUCCACAAUUUGGAAUCCUGUUGCCCGAAUCCACACUCCCCUCUCAUCGCCGUCUGCCAGGAGCAGUAGCAGCUGCUGUUCCUCCUACUCUUCUUCCAAUUUCUUUGUUGCGCAGUGCCAGUUUUGUCGAGGGGUUCGUGCGAUCCGUACCGGAGGUAUUGAAGAUGGAUUUCUUAAUGAACGCCGCGAAGAUUGCUCAAGAAGUGCAGGGCGGGAAGAAGAAUGAUAAAAAGGAUAAGAAGGAAGGCGAGGGCUCUGGAGGGUUUGGCGACUUAAUUGGUGGGUUCAUGGGCGGGUCUGAUAAGCCGAAGCGAAAUGAGGAUGAUUACGAUGAUGAAAGACCGAACAAGCCGAAGCCGAAGCCGAAGCCCAGGCGAGAUGAGGACGAGUACGAUGAUGAAAGACCUCAUGGUAGUAAAUAUGAUGAUGAGAAACCCCAGAAGGGUCAGUCCUCAAGUUCAGAUCAUAGGAAGAAGCCUUCAACGGGCGAGCUUUUUAGCAGUGCCCAGGUUCUGUAUCAAGCAGCUGCUGGAAAGAAAGUGGAGCAUGGCAAGCUUGCAGAGGCGGCAUCCGACUUGCUCGAUGGAUUAUCAAUGUACGGGGGAGAAAAGUCUGGUUAUAGCGAUUAUUUGAAGAAGGCCAGCACCUACCUUGACCAAUAUGGGCAGAAGCACGAGGUUAAGCCAUCUGGUGGUCGGCUGAAUGACGACGAGAGUUCUCCUAAACCCCGGCCUUCGAAGUAUGGUUCUGAAGAAUCAGAGUCUCGACCUUCCAAACCGCGCCCCUCGAAGUACGAUGAAGAAGAGUAUGAACGCCCUCAAAAACCUCGACCUUCGAAAUAUGAAGAGGAAGAAGAAUAUGGACGGCCACAGAGGCCGCGACCCUCUAAGUACGAAGAAGAGGAGGAAUAUGGACGCCCUCAGAAGCCUCGACCCUCAAAGUACGAAGAAGAAGAGGAAUAUGGACGCCCUCAGAAACCUCGACCCUCAAAGUACGAAGAAGAGGAGGAAUAUGGACGCCCUCAGAAACCUCGACCCUCAAAGUACGAAGAAGAGGAGGAAUAUGGACGCCCUCAGAAACCUCGACCCUCAAAGUACGAAGAAGAGGAAGAAUAUGGGCGCCCUCAAAAACCUCGUCCCUCAAUGCACGAAGAAGAGGAAUAUGGACGCCCUCAGAAGCCUCGACCCUCGAAGUAUGAAGAAGAAGAGUAUGAACGGCCACAGAAGCCUCGUCCCUCCAAAUACGAAGAAGAGACAACAGGGCCAUAUCGAGACCAUUCUUCAAAAUUCGAAGGAUAUGGUGCGGGUUCUAGGCCGGGUUACAGCCAGGAGGAAGUCCGUGUAGAGCCACCCAAGAAACCCUGGUACGAGUAGAGUACUGCUGCCAUUGGAUGUAUUCCAGCCCUGUAGAUAUUGCAUUUUGUCCUCUGUUUGGUGAAGCCAUGCGAUAAGAUAGUUGUUGAGAUGAAGGUCAAUUUGUGUGAAAUAUUUAGAAGCUUUUCGACGUUCAAAUAAUGUUGCAGUGAAUCUGGAUACACUCAUUUGCCUAGUCA